UCCUUCCCAGAUUUCCCCAACUCAGCCGAAGAUGCAUCCCAGCAGGAGUCCAGGAUCAUGGAUGCAGAUCUGGUCUUCCACCACGUCUUGCAGGAACAGGGACCGGGUGUGAGCCCUCCAGAUCAGCACUUCAGCACAGAGGUUCGGCUCACCGUCAAUUCACGGAGAAGGAGCCUGGAAAGAAAUGCAAAACCUGGCAGUCCCUGGAAUGAGCAGUCCCGGUCCCGGUACUCUGCAGAUAUGGACACCUCUGAUGAGGACAUGAAGGAAGUCCAGUUCCCUGCCUACCUGCCCCAUCACCCAAAACGUCGGAACAGAGCCUCCUCCCAGGAGAACAUCAGCCACUCUGGGAAUCAGAUUCAUGAGCUCAACAAACGCAUGUCUGCAAUUGAACGUAUGCUGAAUCGCUUGGAAGAAAAAAUGCUGCACCGCUUGGAAGAAAAAAUCCUGGUGCGCUCUGACGAGUCUCCAGCCCCAGGGUCCCAACUUGAUCCCGAUGCUGAGGAGGAGGAGUUGAAGAGGAAGCUGGAGGAGUUAGCCAGCAACAUCAGCGACAAAGAAGUCUCUUCUGAAGAGGAGGAGCGUGAAGGAAAGAAGAGAGCAAAGAAACCGGAGAUGAGUUCUUCCAGUGAUGACAUGGCCAGAGAUGCUCGAAAGAGGUCGUCGGCUCAGGCUUUGAGCGAAAUCACGGCCAAAGUACUGAGAGCCAUAAACGCCACGGAGAAAGCGGCGUGUGAGUCGUUGCAUGGAGAGAGCCAGUGCAACGGCGGCUCUGCCCUCCCCACGGGACAGCAUCCCAGCCUGGGAGAUGGGAAAGAGGUGGCCGAAGCGUAUCGUGAGCUUGAAGAAAACGUAUACCUGACUGCUGGGAAGACCUACCGGCUUGAGAAGACCCUGAAGGAGCUUGAGGAAGGGGCUCAGCACAGCGGCACUACCGACUCGGAGCUGUCGGAGCUGGAGGACAAAGUGGCCUUGGCAGCCGCUCAGGUGCAGCAGGCGGAGAGCGAGAUAUCGGACAUUGAAUCUCGAAUUGCGGCUCUGUCCGCUGCAGGACUGACGGUGAAGUCAAUGGAAAAGGCGAGGAAGAAGUCGGUCGGACAGGCUGCCUGCCUCCACUCUCCUGGUCCCACCAGCAGCAGUCCAGGGGAGUCUUUGGAUGACGUUAAAGCGAUGCCCAGACUGCAGGAGUUCAGGAUGAAGUUCAACAGUCCCCUCAAAAUCACCGGUCUUGACGACUCCUUUGACCGCAACUCUGUUUACCGUGGCUCCCUGACACAGAGAAAUCCCAAUGGGAAGAACAGGAGAGUGGAGAGGCUCUUUGCGAAGCCUGUGAUGACCCACCUGUCCUGA